AUGGGCACUUUGGACUUCCUUUCCAGCAUCGUCCCUCAAUGGCCCUUCGCAUCCUCAAUGAAGGAAGCUCCAACCUGCCCUGUCUCACACUCAUCGGACCUCUCCAAAUGUCCAGUCGACCACCUGGGCUUCAAGAAAAACUCCACAACCCUACCCACUGAUGUCGUAACAUCUUCUUUCACAUCGCAUGACCUCAAGUUCAAUGCCGCUGCAUCUCUCCAAGUGCCCGGAAUCGGCCAGAAUGUCGACCCAAAAAUAAUAGAUACCGUCGAUCUUUCAGGUCGUCUCUCCGAAAAUCUGCUAGUUGCUUCACCGUACACUGACAAAGAUCAUCUCCUUGAUCUCAACACUCUCGCCCGUCCGCAUCAACUUCUUGCAAAAGCUUUAACAAUCAUGAAUGCGAAAACCGGCGAGUACGCUAUUGAACCGUACCACGAAGCCUUCAAUUGGGACGAAAUCCUCAUCGCUCUGCGAAAGCUAUCAAAGCGGGAGGAUUACGUAUUCCCCAGAUCUGAAUUCUAUAUCAUUGUUUUCCGCUCAAGGCUUCCCUUUGAUGCGGAUCGCCGACAUUUGGGAAAGUUGGACGAGGAUGCCCAUGUCGAGGCAGUGGAGAGCGGGCAGUUGCUAAAGUAUUGGUUUGGAACGCCGCAUCCCGUUACGGGUAGGAACCUGGCUACUUGUAUUUGGAGACAUCGGGACGAUGCCAAAUUGGGUGGUGGUGGACCAGGUCAUGUCCGGGCCAUGGAAGCUGUGAGGAAUAUAUACCUCGAAUGGAGGGUAGAGAGGUUGAAGUUUGUCGUUGAACAUGAUGCUAGCGAAUGGAGUAUCAGCAAGUGGGUCGAUUAG